AAGUUAAAGCUGUGGUCAUUUUAGGGCAGGACACACAGGAAUGCUUCUAUUUUUUUCUCCACAACAUGUAUGGAACAUACUGACUUCUCUACAUAUUUGCAUUGUUUUGAAUGUUUAAAUACAUGCAUGUGUGAGAGCAUAGUGUAGAAUAUGUCUUUUCAAAAAUAUCAAAUCAAAAUGUGUGAAGAGUCAUCACAUGACACAGCAGUGUUUAUAUCAACCCAAUACAGGCACGACCACACGCUCAGUUUUUACCAGGUGAUCUUUUUAGGCUGGCCAUUCUUACAGGAGGAGAGUGUUACAACGAUGCCACUGCUCCGGGUUGAAUUCCCAUUCUAUGAAACUACAUAACUCCAUUCUAUGAGUGCAUUGGUGAACAGAUCUUGAACAAAGAGCCCUGUUGGCUCCUGGCUGCGAGACACUGGGACUGCUUUCCAAACUGCUUUCCGGAUUUUUAGACAUGAACAGGACCAAGACUGGUAGCAGCAGGCUCGGCAAGGAAAUCAAUCUUAUCAUGCAAUUUGAAGCGAACGCUGCUUAAAUCUACUCAGAUUUCCUGCUGCAGAAGUCGAACCAGGGACACUGAUCAUCAGUGAGGAGUAGACAAGCAGAGAGAAGCUGGAUCAUGUUGAUGUGAAUCUCCAGUAGCUGCAGAGCAUUCCGAUAUAUCUGGAGAUCAUACAGCCAGCAGCAGAGCAGAUGAUCUAAGUACAUGUAUGAUAAUGGCCCACUGAUCUUGGAUGGUGGACUAGCAACUCAGUUGGAAGCGCAAGGGUGUCAUAUACAGGGAGAUCCACUGUGGAAUGCCAGGCUUUUGCAUACUAAUCCACAGGCCAUAAGAGAUGCUCAUUACAGGUUCCUCCUCAGUGGUGCAGAUGUUAUAUCCACAGCCACAUACCAGGCAAGUAUUACAGGAUUCAUCAAUCACCUGGACUUGAGUUCUGAAGGUGCCAGAGAGCUGCUGAUGUCUGGAGUCCGUCUGGCCAAAGAGACAGUAGAGAGAUUUGUCUCUGACAGUCCAGCAGAGCAGAGAUAUUCCUUAGUGGCAGGCUCUGUUGGACCGUAUGGGGCCUUUCUGCACGACGGCUCAGAGUACACUGGGGCGUAUGCAAAGGAGAUGACUACUGAAACGCUUAAAGUUUGGCAUCGGCCGCAGAUCGACUGCUUAGCAGCAGCAGGAGUGGAUCUCAUAGCUUUUGAGACAAUCCCAAGUAUCAAAGAGGCAGAGGCUCUGUUGGAGCUGCUCAAAGAAUUCCCAAACUCCAAAGCCUGGCUCUCCUUUUCUUGCAAGGAUGGUAGGUGUAUAUCAGAUGGCAACCCGUUCACUGAUGCAGUCCAGAUAGCCAACAGAUCCAGGCAGCUGGUCGCUGUAGGAGUCAACUGCUGUUCUCCAGCUAUAGUGGAACCGCUGUUGGACUCUGCCAGACACCUGCUGGGCCCAGACAUGAGCUGGGUGGUCUACCCCAACAGUGGAGAGGAGUGGGACAAUGAGCAGGGGUGGCUCCCAUCAAGACAAACAUCAGCACCAGUGCCUGAACUGAGUCACACCUGGGUGAAGCAAGGCGCUGCUCUGAUAGGGGGCUGCUGCCGUGUUUCUCCCACACACAUAGCAGAGCUGAAACAACAGUUAAAAGGAAGCUGCACAUCUCCAGCCACUCCACUGAGACCAGUCUGAAACUGUACCAGUGAAUGUUAUGAAGAAAGAUGUCUGCUCUGGGAUUUCAUACAAAUCUUAAUUUAUUGUCAAAUAAAUAAACUACUACAUCAAAAUCACUUGAGUACAUGGUGACGUCUGAGUCGGGUCAAAGACCGACGGUGUGCCAUAAAGGUGUGAACAGUAGUGUAAGAACAGUUUGUGUCUGUAUGAAAACAUCAAGUAAAUCAUGCACCCUUCACUUUCUGGGGUUCAUAUUGCUCUUUUUUUUUGGAGACAGAGGGAGUCCAUAGUCACUUGUGUCCAGCUCCCGUCUUUUAAACACUGGGAUCAUCUACAUGAUGGUCUUUUACUUUAGGUUUCACAAAGCACAAUAAAAUGUCAUCUGCUUUCACAACACUGGCACUGGACAGCAUUUCCACUGAACUCAUCACUGUACAUAAAGUCCACUCACUGUACCUGUACAAUGAAGUGUGGAGGUUACACGAUUUACAGCUAAUGUGUCGGUGUCACGUGUCUCCUAGGUAGCACUAGCUGAGUAUAAUGUACACUCCUACAGUAUCACCGCAGCGUCUGUGUGUGUGAGACUUGUAAUAGGAUGAAAUGAAAACGGUCCCGUAGCGUAGCAUGUAGGAACACGUAAUGUCCCACUUUGUGUUUAAAUACAAGCGUGGUCAAAAUAAGAGAAACACCUUACAAUGCAAUGGCACUUUGAAGCCCACGUAGCAACUGUUUUUAAAGCUGUAAGAAAUG